CCAUCAGGUCAUCACCACCACACCGCUCCCACUUGCACCACGCCACCCAACCCCACCCAUUUGCCGUAGUUUUACGCGCAAACACACGCGCGCACCAGGCCAAAACUCACGUCCGGACCACCGCGUGCUCCUCCUCCCCUCGCCCUUCGUCCCGCGCCCAACACGGCCGUCCCUUUUCACGAGCCCGCGUCAAUCCGAUUCCGGCGCCGUACGUGCACCGGAGAGACGAAGAGCUAGGGGGUGGUCGGCAUGAGGCGGUUCUUGCCGGCCGGAGGCGGCAGGGAGCCCUCCUCUUCCUCCUCGUCAGGGGGGCAGCAGCAGCGGCACGGCGAGCGAGCGGGAGAUAGGGCUGGCCUGCGGUACGGCAGAGCUGACAUCUCGCUGGGGCGCGGGCACGGGCACGCGCACGAUGACUACCGUCAGCUCGGCGGUGGCGAGGUGGAGCAGCAGGACGGGUCGAUGGAUAUGUUGGCCCGGCACAGCAGCUCGCCGGCCGGGUUCUUCUCCAACCUCAUGGUGGACAACGCAGGGUAUCCGAGCUCAAAAGCCGGAGGCAGUGGCGCCGAAGCUCACCAUCAUCCUACAACGUCCAACACCAGCAGCGGCGUUAGGAAGAUGAAGCCGUCUCAGAUGAACUUCACUCGGCCGCAGCAGGGCGCCGCUGGCCACCUCUCUCAGAUCUCCGAGGACGGCGCGUUCCAGCCCGGCGGCCACCUGAUCGGCGACCGCGCGGGCCGCAGCUCCGGCGAGAGCAGCGGCGCCGCGUCGCGGUCCUUCUCCGGCGGGUUCUCCAUCGUCGGGCCGUGGGAGGAGUCCAGGGACAUCAUUGCCACCCUCGGCGCCUACGACUCUCAGUUCGGCGGCGCUAUAGCGGGUUCGGCGCUGGAGAUGGCGGGCAUGGACAGGUACAUGCAGCUGCAGCAAGACCAGGUGCCGUUCAAAGUGCGCGCCAAGCGCGGGUGCGCCACGCACCCAAGGAGCAUCGCCGAGAGGGAACGGAGGACGAGGAUCAGUGAGAAGCUCAGGAAGCUGCAAGAGCUCGUGCCCAACAUGGACAAGCAAACGAGCACGGCGGACAUGUUGGACCUUGCAGUUGAGCACAUCAAGGGCCUGCAGAGCGAACUGCAGACUCUGAAGCAUGAGCAGGAGAAGUGCACCUGCUGCCAAAAGCGUUGAUGAUUUACUACAGCAGGGAACCGAGAACUGAAAGGCGUCCAUCCUUAGCAAUUAUGUAAUGUAAUGGCCGGGUUAUACCUCUGCUUGAGAAGAAUGUACGCAGACCGAUUAUGCUAUGGAUAUCAUCUUCACUGAUCGGCUCUAUUGAGAGUCCUAACUUUUAGUUACCACAUGGGAGUACUUGGUGUGGAUCGACGGGGCAUGCACAUAUCAAAUAGGUGCAUGUGCAUGGAGUUCCACCGUUUCCGAUCGAGCAACCCAUAUACACCACCAAUCAGGCAAUCAUGGUCAAGAUCAGGCCAACAAGGCAUGCAGUGCUAAAAUGGCAGCCGUUCCGUUCUGAUCCUUUGAUUUCUUCUGUACCGGCUGAUGUUUAACUUGUAAUUUAGACUCUUUUUGAGCUAUAAAGAAACAAUUUUGCUACUUAUAAGCUACUUGAUUGAUUCUUUUUUCUUUAA